UUCUUCUCUCUUCCUCCCUUUUGUUUGUUCUCCCUUUUUUUGAUUUACUUUAUAAUGAUGGGCACUGUGUAAGAGGUCUAGGUACUUAAUGUAAUCAAUCCUAUGGGUACCUCUUUACCUGCAAGACUUAAUCUCCAAGUCAGCCGCCAACUGUGCGACCCUCCCUUUUUGCCACGAAAUACCUUAGGUACAUGAGGUAGGUAGCAAUGCCGAGGCUCACAUGCGUACGCGGGGGUAUUCGAAUAGCAUGUAAUUCUCAUAAUUCGUAUUUUAGCAUCCGAUAAAUCCUAUCGCAUCUGCAAGCCAACAAUCAACCAACCAACCAACCUGAGAACAGCUUCCGCGUGUCCCCUCCUCGCCCUUCUCAAGUUCAAGUUGAAAGUUACGUUAUCAAGGGAGGAGUUUAUCGCCGCCUAGCCUUAGGUUUCCAUGGCCUCAAACAAGGUGGAAGGGACCUACGUCCCAUUUUCUGACGCCAUUAAAGUCACAAAACUGGAUUCGCACCAUUAUAAAAUUCAUCUUAGCGAGGCCUUCUGCCUGGGUACAGUUCCUAAUGGCGGUUACGCAGCCUCGUGCAUGCUCUCCGCCGCAAGUAUUCACCUCUCCCCAAAUAACCAGCCGGACACUCUUACUGCACAUUUUGAAUAUCCAAACCGAACAGCCGUUGGUCCCGCUAUCGUAGAAAUCGAGGACGUGAAGCUAGGCCAGCAACUUUCUACGCUCCAUUUAACCCUUUGGCAGGACGGUCUACUAUCACAAGCACCAUGGAUCACCCCCUCCGUUUCACGCCGUACUAUACUUGCCUAUACAACCCACACAGAUCUACGAAACUUUAGCGGCAUCUCGCUACCGACCGGCUACGAAGGAACACCCGCCGCGGCGCUUCCUCCCCUGCCAAACUUCGAGGAGCUUAAGGCCAAGGGCAAAGACGACGCUUGGGAGGAGUCAAUCACGCCCCAGCCAUCCAAGUUCGUGCGCUCCCUGCGAAACUGGCACUUCUACCUGCCCCGCCACGGGGCCCUGACGCCGGGGGUCUUGGACAUGUGGAUCGGGCUGGCGAGCGGGGAGCGCAUCACGCAGAGGGCGCUGCCGUACGUGGCGGACUCGUUCCCGUUCAAUCUGCACCUAUUCCUGGCGGCGCCGGAGCUGCGGCAGCUGCUGGAAUCGCAACAAGCGCCGGGGGAGAAGGCGGAGACGCGGGCGGCGCGCGAGGACCUGCGGAAGCGGGACCAGCAGCGGGGGGCGCUGUGGUUCCCGACGGUGGUGAUGAACCUCGAGAUGAAGACGCCGCUGCCCGAGGACGGCGUCGACUGGCUCGCCGUGCGCAUCACCUCCAAGCAGAUCAAGGACGGCCGGUUCGACCUCGACAUGCUGAUUCGCGAUGCGGAGGGCGAGAUUAUAGCGUUGAGCCACCACGUCGCGAUGAUCCUGAGCGUGCAGAGGAAUGUUGGGAAACGCGACUUUAAGGGCAAGGCGGCGUUGUGAAGGGAACCUAACUUGAUGUAAUAUAACUAUCGUAUUCUUAUUGCAAUUGUAAUGGGUUGGACAAUGUCUGAUACAUAUCUUCUACCUUAAGAACUGGUAAUGUUUGGGGCGUAUUAGGGGAAAGCCUAAAUUUAGGUAUCACCGCUAUGAUUCGAAAUAAACCUUAGGUACCUACCUACCUAAUACCUACCUGCCUAGCCUCUAGGUACUUAAAGUUGGUUGCUGUGGAAACAAAGAAUAGGUAGCGCUGGAGGUCUUCCAUACACCUCUGUAUCAGUCCUGCCUCUGUGCCAGAUUAUUUAUCACCAACCAAGUUGU